AUGGAGCUGCCUUUCCCUACCGAAGUACCAGAAUUCGACAGCGACGAUCGAAUUUCCUUCUCCAAGCUCGACAAUAAGUUCAUUGCCGUUCACGAUGACGGGUCCGAAUUCGAGUUCGAUGCAAAUUUAAGGCGAUGGGUCCCAGCAGAGUACGACGAGCAGGUGGAAGACGAUGAUAGCUCGACUUCCAGAAAAAGGAAAACCCCUUCUCAGAACGGUACAGAGUCCGAGGCGCUCAAGACUGCUCGACCCAAUAAGAAGCAAAAGGCACCACCCCAGCCCAGACAGAACACAGCCGUCUAUGUAACAGGCCUCCCGCUGGAUGUCACCAUCGACGAGGUCCAUGAAGUGUUCUCGCGCAAGGCCGGCGUCAUCGCUGAAGAGAUCGACAGCGGCGCACCACGUAUCAAGCUCUACAAUGACUCGGAAGGCAACUUCAAGGGAGAUGCUCUGGUCGUUUUCUUCAAGCCGCAGAGCGUGGAGAUGGCCAUUAUGCUACUCGACGACACAGACUUCCGGAUCACAUCCAAUGGUACCCGGGACGGCAGAAUCCGAGUUCAGGUGGCUGACUCGAGCUACAAGAAAGUCCAGCACGACCAAGCCGCAGGUGAGAAGGGCAACGACAAUGUCCAAGGUGAUAAGCAACGGCAGCAAAAGGAUAGAGACAGGCAAAAGAUCAUCAAGAGGACCCAGAAGCUGGACGCCAAACUUGCCGACUGGGACGACGAUGACCCGUAUCCAACCCGUACAGAAGCCCCUAACAAGCGGGACAAGACGGUCAUCCUGCGGCACAUGUUUACCCUGCAGGAGCUGGAGGAAGACCCCGCCGCACUGCUUGAGAUCAAAGAAGACAUUCGAGAAGAAUGUGCCAAGCUAGGGACAGUGACCAGCGUUGUUCUUUAUGACGAGGAGGCCGAUGGCAUUGUCUCCGUCAGGUUCAAAGACCCAGAGUCCGCGCAGGGCUGCAUCCGUCUCAUGCAUGGGAGAAGCUUCGAUGGCCGGGUAGUACAGGCAUCGUUAGCGACAGGGCGAGAAAAGUUCAGGCAAUCGAAGAACACGCAAGGUGAAGAUGAGGAGGAUGAAGAUUAA